GCGGCUGUAUACUGUUGAACGUACUACAUGAGUAGUUCAGGUGAUUGAGCUUGCGGAAUCCCGAUAAACCCAAUGCGAAUUUCCAACUUUCCUCUAGUAUGGCAGACUUAGCUGGAGUGUGUGGAGAUGGGGAUCCAUUUUCAUAAGCCUAACAUAUUUUACUUAUUAAUUUCAAUCUUAAGUGUAGUAACGCUGAUCCUGUACCUGCAAAAUUUACGUAUUGCUCGAAGAAUUUUAUUAAUGAAUAGUUACCAAAAGUUAGCAGUUUUGAUAAAAGAAAGCAGUCAAUGGCCAAACAGCACUGUGAACGAUAAAUGGCAGACUUUAGGAGACCCCAGUAGAAGGCAACAAAUUUAUUCUGCAUACUUUGAUGACAGACCAGCUAUUUUGGAAUCCUACUCGUUUUCGGAAGAUAAUUUGCCAUUUGGGAGUGUUCGAAUAUUCGCAAUUUUGACAACAAAAACCAAAACAAAGCUUUAUUGUAAUUUCAUUUUUGCUACAAGACAACAGAUUAGGAUUGAAGCACUUGAGUUUUCACCAAUCCACGAGCAUUUUAAUCUCCCAUUCUCAGCCUACAGAAUUACGUGUCCUCUUACCAACUCUGAAUCGAAUCCCGUGAACGAACUACCUAAAUAUGUAGUACUCUCAUGUGAUGAUGACCCCAUGACUAUAACGAAUCCAGUUUUUGUUCCUGUAAGAUAUGGCAAUAAAAGCCAAUCCUCCUCAACUACCUCUCGAAAUCUGGCUGUGUGCGUUGGACCAAUCCAUAAUAGUUAUGCACAAGCACGAAGAAUCGUCGAAUUUAUUCACAUGUACCAGCUGAUGGGUGCCGAAAAAAUUUACUUCUAUAACUUAAACGCAACCAACUCCGUCCAGAAAGUGUUAGACUACUUCGAUGGGGACGGGGUGGUUGAAGUGCUGAAUUGGAAUCUGCACAACUACCAAUUCGAAAAAGAUGUUCGCUACGCUGGAAUCUUCGCAGCAUUGAACGAUUGCGUCUACCGAGCAACAUUCGUCGAUGACUUCACAUACGCAGCCAUUGUUGAUCUCGACGAAAUCCUCGUUCCUCUAAAACACUCGAAUCUCACUGACUUCCUUAAAUCAUUUGAUAGCGGUAAUAUACAUUCGUUUGUAUUCCGAGUCGUAUUCUUCCAUGAAAAUGACGAAAUCGCAUCAGCUGCGGAGCCGGCAGAUGUGCGAAAUAAAUUUCUCUAUACGCAAUCCAGGACGAUCAGGACGUCGGAACCUUUCCCUCUUUACACCAGGACCAAGUACAUUGUGAAAACACGGGGAGUCGUAGAAGUCGGCAAUCAUUUUGCCUGGCGUACUCUUGGCCCUUAUAAGGAACACAACGUCGACCCCCGUGAUGGGUUACUAUUUCACUACCGUGAUGAAUGCCUGGAUUUAACUUGCGACGCCAAGAAGAAGAGUGAUACCACAUUAGCGAAAUAUGGGGAUGCGCUCUGGAAAGCAGUCGACGAAACAUGCAGUGAAAUUUUUCAGAAUGGUAUAUGUCCGAUAGAAUAAUAAAAAUUAUGGCAGCUGAAA